AUGAAGCUACUGAUCAUGCAAGCUUUGGAUCUGCUCAUGAUCGUGUCAUGUUUGUCUGACACAAAGGCUGGAGCCGUCAAGGGCAAAGCUCGACAGUCCCGCGACUUCGCAACUGACAGCAACUUUCAAGUUCAACAUACGCAUGCAGCUCACUCGACAUCAGCAAUCCCUUCUGCUAUUACACCUGGACUGCUUGAUUGA